AGCGUAGUUCAUAAGUAUAUACAUCAUGUUGACAAGUACUUAGUUCAGCAUUUUAACUGUUCUGCAAGAUCGGAUUAUAAUCCUUUUUUUAGUAUAUCCACUCAGCCUCAGGUAACGAUUUUGAUGUUUUCUUUACUUUUUAUUUGGUAUUUAAUUAAGAUUAACAUUUCCAUAGCACAAAUUUACCGAUGCAGAUAUCAUCAAAUGCGCUUUGCAUAUACUUAGUCUGGAUUAUUUUAUUUUCACAGCAACUGUGAUAUACUUUCUUAAUUAAUUGUGUUUAUAUAACCCAUAGAUAUAUAACCCUGCACUCUGUCAACUUUCCCUGUGGGUGGAAACCGGAGCAAACCUGCACGACUUUCGACAGAGCGUUGACUUUUUGACUGACUCUUUUCACAUGUCUAUGUGAGUACUGAGUGAGUUCGUAGUGCAGAGAACGAUCGGACCCUCGUUCUCAGAGGUGAAAGGUGCUGCUUUACAGUCAACUCGGCCCACCGUUCAAGGACCAACUCCGCCCGCUCAUAAACUGACUAAUCUAACCACUAAACAAACUAGGAGCCAUGACUGCGUUCUAUCUUUGCAAAUUUUGAGAGAUUUGAAUGAUCAGUAAUUUAGUAUCAAAACGGACAGAUCGAGAAUUUGAAACAUCGAUAGAUUCUUUAAAUUAAUAAGUCAAACUGGAUGUUCUCAAACUUUACUCAUCUGUAUGCCCAAUGCAAUUGCAAAUGACUGUAUCUGUUUGGUGCUAUCUUUUGUAAAAUAUUAGCUUUCCUAAUAUGUCAAACAGCAGUUAACUAUUGGGCCAAGAUGGUAUGGGCCGAGUUGGUCAGUGGGCCGAGUUGACCAGCUUCCAAAGGCGCUCAAAUAAAUUCCUGAAAUUUUAUCUUCAAUUUAUGGAUUCGAAAGAGCAUCUAAAUUUUAAUAUUAAGCCUCUUUGAAUUUCCAGUAAUCUUGUUUUGUCAACAUUAACCCUAACCGUUUAGCAAUGACCUCUGUCCAAUUAAACUACAUUCUCGAGCCAAAUUUAGAUUAAAUCUUGAUGACUGGUUAUGGUAAUACGUUAACAUUAGGAAGUGCAGAAAUAUGACAAGAAUAUAGGCUAGGAUCGCAUUACUGUCUUAAGUAGCAAGACUUGACGCCAGAAUAGCUAUACUUCUGGUCUGUGGAUAGCUUGGAAGAAAAAGCUUUUCUUGAGCUUUUUAAGAAGAAAACUAAAGAAUAAAAGAGUAAAAGUAUACACCAUUAAGUGAUUAUCAAAUUCCUAAUAAAGACGAUUAAAAACAUGAAAAGGUAGGCAUGUAUCUUACUAUCUUUGUAUAAAUACAUUAAUGAUAAGCUUUAUUAUGUGAACACAUUUAUAUGUUGUGUACAUCCAAACAAUGCCAUUUACCAUUUAGUAGAAAUAUUAUAGUCAUUGUGUUCAGCCUGAAUUAUGCGCGUCUUUAUAGGCCUCUCGUUAAUACGUUAUGUAAGAAAAAACAGUUGCCAUGCAUGGUAGGCCUAUAUAUUCUGUAGAUGCAUCUGAUUAACUUUGACGUAAUCAGCAGUCCAGAGAUAUUGCAACAGUCAUGCACUAUAUUUUAAACUUUUGUUGUUAUCUUAUCUGUUAUUAGUUCAGUAUAUGUAGUAGAUCUGGAAUAAGGUCAAAAAACAGCCGUGGUGUCCUACCUCUCCCUUCACUCGAAACACCGGCUACAGGGAACACAAACUCCGACAGUCGAAAAAAACUGAUACAUACUGUUCCUCGCCGCGGACGCCGCCUAUAAUUGUCAAUGGACGCCCGAGCCCUAUUUUUUCGUCCGUGCGUCUAUACACGCAACCUAAAGAUGACCUCACCAACACCUUAAAACCAUUUGCCGAUGCAACUGUCACUGGGACCACCGUUUGAGAUGUAUUUAUCACUUUCUUACAGCAAAUUCAAGCCGUGUGCAACAAUGGAGAUUGGCAAGGGUCUCUACUACAUUACAUCCACUCCUGGCAUCUUGAAAAUAUUUGAAUUUGUAAGUGUAGCGAGAAAGAGCCGGCCUUCAUCAGAGAACAAUAUAUCCCUAUGUAUCCCCAUAUAUCAAGCCACAACAUUCUUAACUCUGGUUUCCACUUUCCAUAUGGUCGUAUAAAUGGUCGUAAAAAUAGAGUCACGAUCUUUCUCAACGGCCAUUUUGUAAUAGUUUAUACCUGUAAACCACAUACAAAUACGACCAUAUCGAAACCAGCUAUAUCAUUGGCACUACACAGACUAGUGUGAGCAUGCAAGCAUACACUGCAGUCUACACACUACACAGAGUCACAGACUAUGUGAGCAUGCACUAUACUAUCGCCCGUAUUCUAAAAGCUCACUCAUACUCACACUCUGAGCUUCCCUUGUGUGUCAGUGCUGUUUUUGAAUAGCUGGAGGGUCAGUAGUCACACAGUAAGGUAUGGGACUAACCCUCCAGCUAUUCAGUCAAAAACAGCACUGACACUCAAAGAAAACCGAGAUUGAACCUCCACUCAUUGAGUGUGAGUGUGAGUGAGCUUUUAGAAUACAGGCGUAUAUGUAACUCAAGUAAGAACCAUGUGAUUGUAAGCAAAGGUGACCAGUAUAUUCAGUUUUGUUUUGACUAAUUUUGAUAUAAUAUUUCAAAUCCGACUAUGAGGACUGCAUGGAUUAGAUUUCCAGUCUGCGCAAUUUGAUCGAGUCGGAGGGGUCAUUAAAGUGAGGUAAAUUAAUUUUGAUCCAGUCCAAGGACUGAAUUAAUUUUAAUCCAGUGCCGGGAUCAAUAUACUUCACUGGAUAUCCAGUAUUAUUAUAUACACAAGGUCUGGAUAUGAGAUAUUCUGCAAUCUGAUUGGUUCUCUACUAGCAGGAUAUUAGCUCAUAUCCUGCUAGUAGAGAAAAACAAAAUGGCGGCCAAACUGAAUUUACGAUGUUUUGCAAACGAGAAAACGGCAAGUUGUCGCUUUUUAUAGCCUUCACAGGAUUAAAAACACAAUGAAAAAACUCCCACAAAUUGUUUUCAGAUUAGCAAAUAAAUUUUUAAUAUUUAAAAUGGUUAAAAAUAUAUAUUUUUGAAAAAAUAAUCGGCCGAAAGAGCGAAGAUAAAAACAUAAACAAAAUAGAAAAAUAUUGAAAAUAUUCGAAAAGCAAAGUCUGUGAAUUCAGACCUUGUGUAUAUAAUAAAACAGUUAUUCCACUCACUCUCGUCGAAUAUGAGCGAUAGCCGAUUCGGCGCUACGCGCCUCAUCGGCUAUCAGCUCAUAUUCGACUCGAGUUCGUAGAAUAACUGUUAAAUAUCAUGUGAGCAAAAUAAAGCAAUAUGGUUGGCUAAUUGACAUGAAUUAUUAAUGAGAUAUAUUUUUAGGUUGCUCUCCUCAUAUCGCUGUCGUGUAUUGGUGGAUUUAUCAACACUUUAAACAACUCCAGAGGGACAUGGAAUUUCUUCAUGUUCAGCGUGGCAGCCACGUGGAUUUUAACUAUGAUUUCAUUUCUCUUCUUCACACUUGGAGCACAUCAGAAAUUUCCCUCCAUCAACUGGAUUCUCGCGGUACGUUGGUAACCUUGUGAUAGUGUAGACGCUUUUCACACGAGCAGGACUCGCCCAAAAAUCGGGCCGGACUGUCUUAUCAUUUUACUAAUGUGGUGAGCUACAUACGUAAAAACGCAUGAUUUUCGACAACUCCAGUAGAUACGGUUAUGUUCGUGGUACCACAGCGGUGGUACAGGCCUGAAGUAGACUUUUAACAGAAUGUUACAAAUCAUAACCAUCCAAUGGUUAUGCCGAAGACAUUCAACGGCAUAACCAUCCAAGUGCAAUGGUUAUGCUGAAGACAUUCAACGGUAUACCAUCCAAUGGUUAUGAAAUUAGGCGACAUUAGGCGAAUAGACUGUUAGGCAAAGUUAACUAAAAGUUGGAUGCACAUGGGCGAAAUUAGGCGACCCGCUUGGCCCCCAAAGUAGACUUUACUUGAGCGACCAACUUGUAGCAAUUUGGUUAUGAAAUAACAGUAUUUUUACAACUUGUUACACUGCGAAUCUUGUUAGCAAGUUGGAAGAUUCUGACCUGGUAAGCCCGGUUUAACCGUUGGCAAGCUAUUCCCUCGUAAGCCCUAAGCUGAGAUCUAAAAUAAUAUUUAAAUGCAUGCAUUGAUCUCUCUGUAGAUGGCAAUAAUAUAUUUCAUUUUUACUGUGAUGCUGCUGAUCGCGUCUGGUAUACUUGCCAAUAAUGCAAGAUCGUAUAAAAUCUCCGGUCUUUGUGAUUCAUGGGAGUCAGUCAGUGGAGAUAUUGAAUGUAACAAUCUCGUUGUCGCUGUGGUGAGUAUUUAUCGUUUUAAGAUUGUCUGUACCGAUAGGAGAUGUGUUCCUUCUACAGUAUUUACCAUCAAUGCCGGGCAAAUGUUAAAAAAAAAACACGUAAUGUUUUUCCGUCCGUAAGCUUCAUCCUGUUUUCGUCCAGAUGAAAAUGUUCCGUCCCGCCCAGGGGGAUCACAUAAUAAAAUAUCUUACUUUUGUUUAGAUAUUCGCCUUUGUUGCAUUUGUCCUCUAUUCCUUGGAUACGCUAUUUCAUUUCUGGUUAAGCAUUGUGAUUGAACCUGAUGCGAGUGAAGACGAAACGGCUGAGAUGGAACCAAAAGAACAACAAUCACCAAACGGAGUUUAAAAUCUUCAUCAAAUGAGAACGGACUGCCUCUGUAUAGCCGGAACACCAACAAAGUUACAUAAUUCCUUCUGUGUGUAUAUAUAGCUACGCAUUUGGUUAGAGACGAAGAGUAUACUAUAAGGGUGUAGUUUCAUUUGUGGUUAUCGUUUCAUUUGUGGUAUCAUGCUUAUAUAUAUAUAGACUAUAUAUACUGCAUGGUUUUAGGUGUCAUCCAUUUGAUUAGAGACAAAACAUGUAGAGUAAUAUAAGGGUGCUGUAAGUGUUAUCUGUGACACCAUGUUUACUAUGUUUAUAUAUAUACCUGUUUUGGGUGUAUAUAAAAAAGACCAUAUUGCUUAAUGAAAUACAAAGAUGUGAAGAUGAAAU